AUGCAAAACUUGUAUCAGCGUGUACCCUUAAAGAGGAUGUCCAUCUAUGAACAGCUCAACUCUGUUCUUUUUUUGUUCAUGACGAGGAAUGUUAAGUCGACUACAUCUUCUUUGUGGAGGCAGCUCUUAGCCAGUUCCGAGCUGCUAAAGACAAUGGAGAAGUUUUCACUGGUGCUGAUGUUGUCAAGAUACGCCACUACCUCGAAGACAGUUGAUGUGCAGAUGCUGGCGGAUGUCCUGAAACACGUGGCCUCCGGUCAGGAUCACUUGCAGUCCACCAUCCAGUACUUGGAGCUGGAGGAACUGACAGAGGAAGUUAAAAUCAUGGAAAAUGUAGGAAUAACCUUUAAUAACUCGGAAGUGCUGCAUCUGAACGACAAUCCGACUAAGGAUGAUAUCAAGCACUGGGUGAAUCACUACUUAGUACAUGCAGAAACAUCACUGGACGAUUUAAUAGAAGUGCAACAAGCGCUGUGGAACAUUGUCAGAUCUUCAGCUAGCCGCGAGGUGUGGUCGGCCAGGCGAACACUAGGUGUAGGAAUUGCUGUCCUGACUGUUGUGCUUCUAGCGUCACCAAUCCUUAUUCUUCUUCUGAGGCACACCAUCUGGACCAUACAGACGUUCACCGAGUCGAUAGAGCUUAGCAACCAGCGUCUGGUCGCCGAGAAGAGGAAGAGUGACGUCCUGCUAUCCCGGAUGCUGCCAAUGCCUGUCAUCAGGCGCCUCCGGGCGCAGAGGACCGUGCCGGCGGAGUCCUUUGACGCGGUCACCAUCUUUUUCAGCGACAUCGUGGGCUUCACGAACAUCUCGGCCAGCAGUACCCCCAUCGAGGUCAUUAACAUGCUGAACAUGCUGUACAGAUUAUUUGACGAAAAGAUUAUUCAGUACGACGUUUACAAAGUAGAAACUAUUGGUGACGCAUAUAUGGUUGUAUCAGGACUACCGCAGAGAAAUGGCAAUCGCCAUGCUUCGGAGAUAGCUGACAUGUCUCUGUCACUGAUGCGUGGUCUGGAAGGGGCUCGGGUCCCGCAUAGGCCCGACGAGCUCCUGAAGAUCCGCGCAGGGAUCAACACUGGCCCUUGCGUAGCAGGCGUGGUAGGGACGACUAUGCCCCGCUACUGCCUUUUCGGUGACACGAUAAACACGGCAAGCAGGAUGGAGACGACAGGCGAAGCAAUGAAAAUUCACAUUUCUCAUUCAACCAAGAAAGCAUUGGACGGUAUCGGCAAUUAUGAAAUGGAAUCGAGAGGAGUUAUUGAAAUACCGGGUAAGGGUGUCAUGGAGACUUUCUGGCUUCAAGGGAAGGUUGGAGGUCUGCAGGAGGAAAGUCCGCGAUGCAUGCGGCUUCACGACUACGACCAAAACAUUCUAGAACUUCUCAUUAAAUCU